GUUCCCAGCUGCCGCGGCGAUCCUAACGGGCUCCGGCGGAGGCCCCUGGCGCUCCGCCUCCCGGCGCCCUCCCCCGGCUCCAUCUUGCUGGCGACCAGGGUUGGGCUGUGACGCUGCUCCCUCGGGUCAGAAUGUCAUACCCAGGCUAUCCCCCAACAGGCUACCCACCUUUCCCUGGAUAUCCUCCUGCAGGUCAGGAGUCAUCUUUUCCCCCUCCGGGUCAGUAUCCUUAUCCUAGUGGCUUUCCUCCAGUGGGAGGAGGUGCCUACCCCCCAGCCCCAAGUAGUGGCUACCCUGGAGCUGGAGGCUACCUGGCCCCUGGAGGUUAUCCAGCCCCCGGAGGUUAUCCUGGUGCCCCACCACCAGGGGGAGCUCCAUCCUAUCCAGGAGUUCCUCCAGGUCAAGGAUUUGGCACCCCACCAGGUGGAGCAGGCUUUUCUGGCUAUCCACAGCCACCCUCACAGUCUUAUGGUGGCAGCCCAGCACAGGUCCCACUACCUGGUGGCUUUCCUGGAGGACAGAUGCCUUCUCAGUAUCCUGGAGGACAAACUCCUUACCCAAGUCAGAUCGAUACAGAAUCCUUUCCUUCCUAUCCUGUUUUCUCUCCUGUUUCUUUGGAUUAUAACAGUGAACCUGCUGCGAUGACUCAGGGAACUCAAGGAACAGUCCGACCAGCUGCCAACUUUGAUGCCAUGAGAGAUGCAGAAAUUCUUCGUAAAGCAAUGAAAGGUUUUGGGACAGACGAGCAGGCAAUUGUGGACGUUGUGGCCAACCGUUCCAAUGAUCAGAGGCAAAAAAUUAAAGCAGCUUUUAAGACCAUGUAUGGCAAGGAUUUAAUCAAAGACCUUAAAUCAGAGUUAAGUGGAAAUAUGGAAGAACUGAUCCUUGCCCUAUUCAUGCCACCUACAUAUUACGAUGCCUGGAGUUUACGAAAUGCAAUGAAGGGAGCAGGAACUCAGGAACGUGUAUUGAUUGAAAUUUUGUGCACGAGAACAAAUCAGGAAAUCCGAGAAAUUGUCAGAUGUUAUCAGUCAGAAUUCGGACGAGACCUUGAAAAGGAUAUUAGGUCAGAUACAUCCGGGCAUUUUGAACGUUUACUGGUAUCCAUGUGCCAGGGAAAUCGUGAUGAGAACCAGAACGUUAACCACCAGUUGGCUCAGGAAGAUGCUCAGCGUCUCUAUCAAGCUGGUGAGGGAAGACUAGGGACAGAUGAAUCCUGCUUUAACAUGAUUCUUGCCACAAGAAGCUUUCCUCAACUGAAAGCUACUGUGGAGGCUUAUUCCAGGGUGGCUAAUCGAGAUUUGCUAAGUAGUGUUGCCCGUGAAUUUUCUGGAAAUGUUGAAAGUGGUUUAAAGACCAUCUUGCAGUGUGCCCUGAAUCGCCCUGCCUUCUUUGCUGAGAGGCUCUACUAUUCUAUGAAAGGUGCCGGCACAGAUGACUCCACCCUGGUCAGGAUUGUGGUCACUCGAAGUGAGAUUGAUCUUGUACAAAUAAAACAGACCUUCAGUCAGAUGUAUCAGAAGACCCUGGGCACAAUGAUUGCGAGUGACACAAGUGGAGAUUACCGAAAGCUGCUUCUGGCCAUUGUGGGCCAAUAGGAGGGAUUUUUUUUUUUUUUUUUUUUAAAUAAAUGAAGCAUAUCCUUCAGUGAUUGACCUGCAUGCAGCAGUAUCAACCAUCACCUAACCAAAAGAGCUUUUUACUAAGGACCGUGUCAGGGUAUUGUGCUUGGUUUGCACAUGUGGUUACUGCCUUAAUUCCAAUGUUAUUUUUUUCUCUAUAUACAAUCAAUUUGAAGCCAUAUCACAAUGAUGUACUAAUGCAAUGGUUGUAAGGCAUAAUUCGCACUGUUCUUAUCCUAAUCAGGAUCCCAAAUUGAAUAAAAAAUCACAGCAGUUUCCAAGUCUGCAUAAUAAAGCUGAAUAAAAGAAAAAGUUGCAAAACUCUGCCUUCCAAAGCACAUGUAGGUCCAUUGGACAACUAUAGUUGGUAGUAUGUCAAAACUGUAUUACUUUUUUAAAGAUUCAGCUCUUUGGACCUAGAAGAGUAAUUUGCAUCUUAUUUUACAUAAAUUGGUAUUCUAUAUUUAUAAGCAUUAAACUUUUCACGUAGGAAAAGGAUGAGUAUUGCCUGUAGUAACUUUUUAAAAAGGGAUUAUAUGUUUAUAUGCGUAAAAUAUAUAGCCUACCUUUAUGUCUACUAAAACUCCCUGAAUAUCUUCAUUGUUCUGUGGUUUUGAAAAAAAAAAUUAUGAAAGACUAUAAAAACUAGUAACAAUUUAGUCAUGAUUCAAGAAAGUGAAGCUUGACAAAUAGGAGGGGCUCAAUUAGUGAAUGAAGCUUAUAGUAUCUCUGGGAAAAUUGGGUCCUAGCUCCUUGGAGUAGUUCAGGAGCUCACUCAGUGGUGUAGCAGGAUGAUUACAAAACCCAUUGGCUUAUCCCCACUACCGUGCAAUUACUAAUUGAGUAUACUGAGCAUUAUAAUAGGUAGUCAGGAGAAAUACCAAGAAAGAUUUGUAAUAUACUGGGGAUUCUAAACAAAAAUUAAGAUACAAAAAACCCUGUAAAUGUUAGGUAAGUUCUGUUGAGGAUGAGAACCCUAUUCUAUGUAUGAAGUUCCCCGGCACAAAGCAGAAAUUUAAUACAGAAUUGGUGAGUGAGUGUAUUAAGAAUUGAGAAGAACAGUAAAUAUCAAUUGUAGUUCAAUGAAUAUUGUUUUUGUGUAAAUACCAAGGGGUAUAUAAGGUGGUAUAAGAUACAACCUUAUUCUAAGGGAGAUAGACCUCUCUCUGUACAGUUGUGGUGAAGGCAAGAUACCCGGGUAGAAGGAUAAUGAGUUAAGGUGUAUGUUAAUUACUUUGAAAUAGUUUCAUUGAAAAAGUUCAGUUUUGAUGUAGAUUUUGAAAAAGUAACAGUGAUUGAAUUUGGUAAAUACGAGAAGGGGGUAAGGUAUUAAGGAAAGAAAAGAUAGGAGCAAUAUAUUUUUAAACUUGCUGAAAAUUGAGAUAUAAUUUAUAUACCAUUCACCAUUUUAAAGUGUACACUUCAGUGGUUUUUAGCAUAUUCACAAGUUUGUGCAGUCAUCACCAUAAUCAAUUUUGAACACUUUCAUCAUCCAAAAAGAAACUUGAGACCUACCAGUAGUCACUUCUCAUUCCCUCUCCUCCUGUCCAGCCCUUGGCAAUCACCAGCUCACUUUGUUUAUAUGGAUUUGCCUAUUUUGGGCUUUUAAUAUGAAUGGAAUCAUUCAGUAUGUGGCCCUUUGUGUCUGGCUUCUUUCAGUUAGCAUACUGUUUUUAAGGUUCAUCUGCUUGUAGUGUGGGUAAAUACUUCAUUCUGUUUCAUGGCCGAAUAUUCUACUGUAAGGACUUUUUUUUUUUUUUUUUUUUGGUCCAUGCAUCAAUUGAUGGACAUUUGGGUUGUUUUCACCUUUUGAGUCUUAUGAAUAAUGCAGCUGUGAACAUUUAUGUACAAAGUUUUGUGUGGACAUGUGUUUUCAGUUCUCUUGGCUUUAGAACUAGGAGUGGAAUUGCUGGAUCACAUAGUAUCUUUAUGUUUAACUUUUUGGAGAUCUGCCAAAAUGUUUUCCAAAACAGCUGCACCAUUUUACAGUCCUACCAGCAGUGAACCCACCUUCCAAUUUCUCUUUGUCUUAACCCAAAACUAUCAUUAUCUAAUUAUAGCCAUCCUAGUGGAUGUGAAGUGACCUCCCCCUUGUGGCUUUGAUGUGCAUUUCCAUAAUGACUAUUUUCUUGUGCUUAUUGGCCAUUUGGAUUAUCAUCUUUGGAAAAAUGGCUUCUAAUACUUUGUCCAUUUUUUUUAAUACUUUGCCCAUUUUAAAAUUGUUGAGGUGUAAGGGUUAUAUAUUCUGUAGGGUAGAAACUUACAUGAUUUUGUACUCUGUUCUUUUAUGAAAUGGUCAGUUUAGGUGCAGCCACUAGAGGAGACGGAGGAGAGGCUCAGGAAAACUAUUAUAUUCAAAAAUCCUGGAGACAAGAGGCACUGCCACACACAGGGCCAUAGGCGAAAGACACCAGGGUGGUCAGGAGGCGGAGGGGAAUGCUUAGACCAUGACUUUUAUUGGGGUUUCUGGAAAGGCGUAGCAGGACAGGGUAAACAGGUAAGUAUUGGCUAGUUGGAGUAAUUUUGUAGCAUUUGGGCUACAUGAGUGAUCUUUUAAUGUCCUCAUACCUGGCCACGGGAUAAUGAAGGCAGAGAAAAAUUGCCCCCUGGGGUGAGGGCCUGAUUAUAGAAGGUAUGGCUCUGGCUUGGUUAGUUUGCAUAUCAAAGCCAUGCUCCUUGCUGGAACUUUUGCCAGCUCAAUGAAUGGGUUUACCUGGGAGGAGGUAGUCUCUUCCUAAUCAGAAGUUUUUUAAGAUGGAAAAACAAUACACCAAAAAUUAUAUAUCCACUCAAUAUAGAUUUACAAAUAUUUUUCUCCUGUGCUGUGGAUAGCCUUUUUACUCUUUUUCUUUUUUUAACUUUUUUUUUUAAAGUAAUCUACACCCAACAUGGGGUUCAAACUCACAACCCCAAGAUCAAGAGUUGCAUCCUCCACCAACUGAGCCAGCCAGGUGCCCCCUUUUUACGUUCUUGAUGGUGUCCUUUGAUGCACAAAAGUUUGAAAUUCUGAUGAAGUCCAAUUUUUUCUUCUUUGGUCACUUGUGCUUUCACUUUCCUGUCCAAGAAACCAUUGUCUAAUGAAAGGGUAACAUGAUUUACCCAUAUUGUCUUCUAACAUUUUUAUGGUUUUAGUUCUUAUAUUUAGGUCUUUGACAUUUUUAGUUCAUUUGUACAUAUGGUGAGAUAGAUGUCCAACUUCUUUCUUUUGGAUUUGGAUAUAUGGUUUUCCAACCAUCAUUUGUUGAAAGAAAAGACUAUUCUCUCUCCCGUUGAGUGGUCCAAGCACUCUUGUCAGAAAUCACUGUCCAUAAACAGUUUUAUUUCUGAGUUCUCAAUUCCAUUCCAUUUGUUUAUACAUUUAUCCUUAUGCCUUGAUUAAGCUGUACUUAAUUACUUGAUAAAGUAGCUUUGUAGUAAGUUAGAAAUUGGGAAGUGUGAGUCCUCCAACUAUGUUCUUUUCAAUAUUGUUUGCCAUUCUGGCUCUCUUGAAUUUCCAUAUGAAUUUUAAAAUCAGCUUUGUCAAUUUCUGCAAAAAAAAAAACAAUCUGGGAUGUUGAUUGCUUUGACUAAAUCAAUUUGAGGGUGAGCAAUACAUUUGAUUGUAUUAUUGGAUGCUAUCAGAAAUAAAUUGACUGGAAAUUACAUAUUAGCUAUUUAGAAAUGAGUCCCUUGGAGUAAUGAGAAAAGAGUUAUUGGGAUAUGAGUCAUUUAGUGGAGGUCUUUGAAACCCAAACUAAAGAGUUAAAUAUUAUAGCUUUUUUUGGCCUCCAAACUUGUUUGUAUAUGUAGAUGAUUAAAUUCUGAUUCUCAGUACUAUUGUAUUUUCUGUAGCACUGAAGAGCGUCUUUUCCAUGUUUCCUUAGGAAGUUGAGAUUUUAAACCAGUCAAAAAAAUUUUUUUUGAAUGCCUUUCCUUGUAAGGACUAAGGAAAUUGAGAGUGGCCAUUGUUAAGCAUUCCAGGAGAAUGAAAGAACUAGAACAAAAGGGUUUGCCCUCAGGCGCUCUACACUAUCAUUUUUUAUUGACAGUGAUUAAUUAUGUUUAAGGAAGUGACACCUGUACUUAACUUUCAUGCCUAGGUAUCAUGAGUGAUCCAGUUCCCUAGUGAAGACUUAAUAAGCCUCACUUAUUACAUAAUGUAUUUCAUGCGCAGGGUAGGAUGGCUAGCUCAAUGCAAAUUCAUUCAUAGCCCUCACCUGGGAAGAAAUCCAGAGAGAAAUGCCUUAAUAGUUCCAUAGGUCUAAUUUUAUUUUUUAUUAUAACACCACAACCUUUAAGAGAUCUUUUCUUAAUUUUUAUAAUUUUAAUGUUUACAGCAGAAAUAAAAUUUAUUUUUAAAAUUUGGCUCUGGUAAUUCUAUAUCCUCAGAUGUUUCCAUGGAGAGUGGUAUGUGUCUGUGUGUAUUGAAAUAAUUGUAAAUGUACAGAAAAGUUGCCAAAACAGUGCAAAGAAUUUCAAUGUCACUUUCACCCAGGUUCUCAUAUAGUUAACAUUUUAUUGCUUAAUUGCUCACUGUGUGUGUAUGCAUGCGUGCAUGCAUAUAUUCUUUAUUAUUAGUCUUUUUCUAGACAUUUUGAGGGUCGACAGAGGAAACUACAGAUGUGAUAUUCCAUGAUUCCUAAACACUCUUGCAUAUUUUCUGAACAGGGACAGUCUCCUACAUAAAAGCAAACCUUCCAUAUUAGAAAAGCAAUUUUGGUAAACUACCAUUAAAUCCACUGAGGCAGUACAAAUUUUGCUCACUGUCCCAAUAGUGUCUCUCUUUCUUUCUGGACCAAAAUACUAUCCAGGAAUACAUUUUGCCUUUAGCUGUCAUGUAUCUUCAUGUCCUUCAUAUCCAGUAGUCCUUUAAUUUGGAACAGUUCCCCAUCUUUUAUGUCUUUGACAGUUUUGUUUUGCUUUUUUUAAAAGAUUUUAUUUAUUUGACAGGCAGAGAUCACAAGUAGGCAGAGAGGUGGAAGCAGGCUCCCUGCUGAGCAGAGAGCCUGAUGCUGGGCUCGAUCCGAGGACCCUGGGACCAUGACCUGAGCUGAAAGCAGUGGCUUAACCCACUGAGCCACCCAGGUGCCCCUAUGUCUUUGACAGUUUUAAAAAGUACAACACAUACUUUCAAUAGGGUGGCCUACAGCCUAGUCCCUCUGAUGGUAGGAAUACCACAAAAUGAUGCUUUAUUUUUUCCCAGUGAGUCUCAACAGGAGGCAUGUAAUGUAGACUCCUCCCAACCCUGGUGGUUAACCUUAAUCACAUGAUCUUGUUGGUUUCUUCAUUUCACCAUUUCUUCUUUGUAACUGAUUAGUAUUCCAAAAUCAUGCCAAUACCAUCUUCUCCUCAAACCGCCUCCCACCAACUUUAGUAUCCACUGGAGACUCCUACCUGAAUCAUCCACUUCUAUAGUGGGUGUCAAAUGGUAAUUCUCUAUUCCCAUUAUUUCCUCUGCCUUAUUGGAUUGGAAUUGUUAGUUUUUCUUUCUCUUUCCUUAUAUCAAUGUGAACCUGUAGAUUCCUAUUUUACUCAAUGGAUUGUAAUCCAUUAUCAGUUUAUUUUGAUGCCCACAUUGUCUCUGAUUUGGCCAGUGGGAAUCUCUUUAAGCUGGCUCUUAACAUUGCAACAUUUGCAGAUAUGUAUAUUGCUAAAGUUCAUCCAUGUAGUAGUUGUAGUUAAUUUAGACUGCUAUGUAAUAUGUUAUUUGUGACUAUAGAUCAGCUUAUUCACUCUUCCAUUGAGGGGCACUUGGAUUGUUUCCAUGUUUUUGUUACUGUAUUUUACUGUUCCAGAUCUCUACUGUUGAGUUUGAAAUGUAUUAAAAUUUGGGAUUAAUAUCAUA